GCAUUAUUACUCCGCUGUCGUAAACGCUGUUAAAAAAAUUGAUGUUUUUAUGCAUCCCUAAACGACGAAAAUAUCAAUAUCGCGGUAUUGGUGGAGUAAAAAUGAGCAUUCAGACGCCGACAGGCCGACACUAGCGUUAUUUCCGGUUUACAAUGCGGACUACGUGACAUGGCGGAUUGACAUCGAGGGCGCUCUUCGCGUUUUCCUUUUUGAGAAAGUGCUCAGAGUUUUGGAAAUAGAGGAGGAGGGUGAACCAUACUGAGCCAGGAUUGAGGGGUCUUAGGGCCAGCAUCACUUUUGAAAGUUUGUCUCGGUAAUUUCCUGGAGUCUCCAAACCUCCAACUGGUCUGGUUUGUUUACAUUUUGGCCCAGGCGUGUAUGCGUUUUAUCAGCCAUUUAGCCUACUAGACAACGCGCUCCAGCUCUCCUGGCUGGUGUUUCGAGACUCGGUUCAGUAAAUAGAAUGUUACCGAGCCGGGUUGGAUCGGCACCAUCUGGAAACGGGUCACCUUCAGGCAGAGGUAACACAGGACACGGUUCGGGGAUUGUCGGCAGCGGGAUCCGUCCCGUUUUGGUCAGAGCAGGGCUAGCUUUACAGGGGGUCAGCGACAGUACCGGGCGACAGGGGGAAAGAGACUCCGUCGGGAUGCUGGGGGCUAAUGGUCCAGGGGGUCCGAGAGGUGCGAGACCGGGGAACGGAACUGGGGUGACUCCUCUACAGACCGCCGUCCAGGGCAGCAUGGUGGGGCUAAACGCGGGAGUUGUGUUGCCUCACGGAGCCAGGUUCAACCCGGACAGAGAAAGUGCUCCUAUGUGCAGCGGCUCGGACAAUGACUCUGACUCCGGAGAUGAUGAUGACCCAGUGGGUUCACUCGGGGACAGCAGGAGAGGGGUGAAGCGGGAGAGAGGGGAGAUGGAAGCUGCGGUGACGGGGCAGGAGGUGGGAAUACCUCCCGGAGGUUACGGCAUGAUACCCGGAGGGGUCGCCGGGGCCAAGCCAGGGAAGAAAACACGUGGGCGAGUAAAGAUAAAGAUGGAAUUUAUUGACAACAAAUUGAGACGGUACACCACUUUCAGCAAGAGGAAGACUGGUAUUAUGAAAAAGGCCUAUGAACUCUCCACCCUGACGGGAACCCAGGUUCUGCUGCUUGUGGCCAGCGAAACGGGUCACGUCUACACUUUUGCCACCCGCAAACUCCAACCCAUGAUUACAAGUGAAACGGGCAAAGCUCUGAUCCAAACAUGCCUCAACUCGCCGGACUCGCCGCCGCGCUCUGACCCCUCCACGGACCAGCGCAUGAGUGCCACGGGCUUUGAGGAGACAGACCUCACCUAUCAGGUGUCUGAGUCGGAGAGCAUGGGCGACAUAAAGGAUACACUGAAGCCCACGUUCACGGUAGCUAGCCUACCAGGCAGCACCAGCAGCGCCCAGUGCACCGUACCCACCACCUCCACCACCAUGCAGGUGAGCAGCGGCCCUUCGUUUCCCAUCACCAACUACCUGGCGCCCGUCUCGGCCAGCGGCAACAUCAGUGCCAACGGCACCGUCCUCAAGACCGCCGGCGCCUCAGGAGUCAUGCAGCUGCCCGGGGGCUUCACUUUCAUGCCCGCAGGCACUCCUCUCCCCCCCGGCACCCCCACCAUUCCUCUGAGCCAGCUGCAGCAGCACUCCCUGGCCCUGCAGGGGCAGCAUGGUCAGACCCUGGCUGCCGCCCCGCAGUCACAGCAGGGACAGCAGGCUGUCUUCCGCUUCCCUGCUGCUGUCUCCCUCACAGGAGCAGGGGUUCCCCAGCAGCUCCAGGCUAUCACGGUACACCACAGCACCCAGUCCACCUCCAACAGCGACAGCAGCCUUGACAUCUGCCACACCUCCACAAACUCCACCGCGACGGUCAGUCUCCCAGCAACCAUCGUCACCUCGUCGGUGCCGACGUCUGUCGCGGGUCACAUGAUGUACCCCAGCCCGCACACAGUGAUGUACGCCUCCACGCCGGGGAUGGCUGACGGGGGGCUGGCCGUGCUCAACGCCUUCUCCCAGGGCACGUCGACCAUGCAGGUGUCCCACGCCCAGGGCCAAGACUCCGGCGCUGUCCCUCAGGUGUUCCUCACAGCACCUCCAGGCACGCUGCAGAUCCCCGUCUCUGCGGUGCAGCUACACCCAGUACGGCAAGAUCUGCAUUUUACAAAUGGUGAUUGGCCAGCAGUCGAGCGGCAGCAGCAGUAACCUGACGGAGCUCCAGGUGGUCAACUUAGACGCAGCACAGAACUCAAAGGGUGACUGACAGACGGCUGGAGCUGUUUAACACGGCAGAGCCAGGAGACUGACUGACUGACACAUAUACAUCUCUAUUUAUUGAUGCCUUCCUACAGCGUUUCACAUUACACUUCUGAAUGUGACUUAAAAUUUAU